AGCGUAUUAUAAAUAUUUUCUAUAAUCAUAGGCAAAAAAAGAAGAAAAAAUACAAAUGUCAAAGGAGGGUUUAGGACAUGAGAUUACUGAGCUAAGAUUGGGGCUUCCAGUAGAUAACAAUGCUGAAAGAUUAGUUAGCGAAUCGAAGAAGACAAAGAGGGUGUUCUCAGAGAUGAUGAUACCAUCAUCAUUAGAUACUGACGGUGAUAACAGCGUCAUUUCGUCUGUCGACAUUGUCAACGGUGAGGUAGAGGAUGACUCUGCACCGAAGGCUAAGAGUCAGGCGGUAGGGUGGCCACCGGUGUGUUCUUAUAGGACAAAGAAGAACAACAAUAAAGAAUCAUCCAAAGCGAUAGGGUACGUGAAAGUGAGCAUGUAUGGUGUGCCAUACUUGAGGAAGGUUGACCUUGGUUCCAGCAAAGGUUAUACUCAUCUAGCCACCGUUCUUGAGAAACUCUUCGGCUGUCUUGGUCUAGGAGUGGCAUUGAAGGAGGGGGAGAAAUUUGAAUACGUUAUUAUAUAUGAGGAUAAGGAUAGAGACUGGAUGCUCGUCGGAGAUGUUCCUUGGCAGAUGUUCAAAGAGUCAUGCAUGAGGCUGAGGAUCGUGAAGAGAUCAGAUGCAACCGGUUUUGGUCUGCAGCGAGAUUUACCAAUGGAGUGAUAUUCAUCGAUGAUGAUCUAUAGUUGACCAUAAAAGGUUUUAAAAAAUUGAGUUAAGUUGUCCACUAUAGUAGAUUUUCAAGAAUUUAAUUUUUUUUGAUGAUCAUAGUGGAUAAAAGAAAUGUUUGCUUCAAGAAUAAAUAAAUUUCUUGAUGAUCAUAGUGGAUCAUAUUGUAUGUUUUAUAUUUACCUUUAAAGGUUUUUUAGUCUCACGUAGACUAAGAUCAAUACAAUGUAAGUUGUUUUUUUUAAUAAUCAAGCUGUAUUAUUGCUUAUAAUCCUAUAUAGGAUAUGUUAUAGUUUUCUUUUAUUUGCGGAUCCAGAAAAUCAGAUUUUCUUCUUUUGGAGCAAAUUGUAGAAACCUAUGAACCUUUUCAAAUCAUUUAAAAAAUCAAAAAAAGAAAACGUAAAAGUUUCACAUGCACGUAAAGUUGGGUGAAGUUUCUAACUACUUUGUCGGUCCAAAUAAAUGAUGCAUAUCUUUAUUAAAUGAUCAUAUCAAUGUAGGUAACAGAUUUGAAGUUUAUAUAUACUUCACACAAUACAAUGAAUCCAACUUAUUGUCAAGACACCGAAAAGAAAAAAAUGAAGGCACCUUCACAACAGGACAUGGCUUACUUCGACCACAUCAAGAAACGGCAAGAUGAUAAAGGCUGUUUAUACGCAACCCUUUACGGAUUGUUCUGUUGCUGUUGCUGUUACGAGACAUGUGCUUGUUGUUGCUGCGUCUGAUUCUUAUGAUCAUCUUACAAUAAUAUCAUCUUUAUGUCUCUUUCUUGUUUUAUCCAAAUCUUUUUCAAUGUAAUAAAGCGCCAAAAAAUAAUAAAAAGUAAAGCGCCAAAAAAAGCGAGUAAUUGUUUUUGGGUUAAUUCGGUUAGUUUUGGGAAUGGAUAAGUUCAGUUUGGCUUGGUUCUAGAUUAAAAUAUGUAAUAAAAAUAAAUAAAUAUAGUUUUUAAUUAAUAUUA